UGCCGUCGGAGCGUUCCAGCAUGGAGCGCGAGCCCGGGGCUACGGCAGCCGCCCCUGCUGCGGCCGCGCUCUUCGCCUGGGGUGCAAAUAGCUAUGGGCAACUUGGCCUUGGCCACAAGGAAGAUGUGCUUUUGCCCCAGCAGCUGAGCAACUUCUGUAAUCCUGGAUGUGUCAAGAGGAUCACGGGAGGAGGGGGCCACUCUGCUGUUGUCACAGAUGAAGGAAGCCUUUUUGUCUGUGGCCUGAACAAAGAUGGGCAACUGGGGCUUGGUCACACCGAGGAUGUCCUGUAUUUUACCCCCUGCAAAUCCCUCCUUGGAUGUCCCAUCCAACAGGUGGCCUGUGGCUGGGAUUUUACCAUUAUACUUACAGAAAAUGGUCAAGUUCUAUCAUGUGGAUCCAAUUCCUUUGGCCAAUUAGGAAUUCCUCAUGGGCCUCGAAGAUGUGUGGUCCCCCAGGCCAUUGAGCUCCUGAGAGAGAAGGUUGUUAGUAUUGCUGCUGGACUGAGGCAUGCUUUAGCUGCAACAGCUAGUGGCACGGUGUUCCAGUGGGGAACUGGUUUGGCAUCAUCUGGACGGCGGUUGUGCCCUGGGCAGACUCUCCCACUGUUUUUGACAGCAAAGGAACCAAGCAGAGUGACAGGCCUAGAGAAUUCUCAAGCAGUAUGUGUUCUUGCUGGCUCAGACCACUCAGCUUCACUGACAGAUGCAGGAGAGCUGUUUGUUUGGGGAAGCAACAAGCAUGGGCAACUGGCUUCCCAGGCUGCUUUCCUUCCUGUGCCCCAGAAAAUAGAAGCACAUUGUUUUCAGAAUGAAAAGGUCGCUGCUGUCUGGAAUGGGUGGACACACCUGGUUGCUCAGACAGAAACUGGCAAGGUGUUUACCUGGGGCCGAGCAGACUACGGUCAACUGGGGAGGACAUUGGAGUCUGAUGAAGGCUGGAAACCAAAGAAGCAGGAUCCAUCCCUCCGCUACUCCAGGCCAUCAAAGAGCACACCCUCCUCUCUGCAUUGCUUAACGGGAGCAACUGAGGUCUCCUGUGGCUCAGAGCAUAAUCUGGCAGUGAUUGGCGGGACGUGUUACUCUUGGGGCUGGAACGAGCAUGGCAUGUGCGGGGACGGCACUGAAGCCAACGUCUGGGCCCCAAAGCCCGUGCCGGCUCUGCGGUCAUUGUCGGGACUCCGUGUGGGCUGCGGAGCCGGCCACUCCCUGGCCCUCUGCCAGCGGCCAGCCCUCCCUGCCCUGGGCCAGCGCCCCAGGGUCACUGAUCCUUUCCCAGAUGCCACCAAGGAAGCCGGAUCUCAAGAAGCCAUGGACCAAGAGAGAAACUGGAAAGACAGACAUGCAGAAGCUUCUCCCCAAAGCCAAUCUGACAGGUUCAGAAAUGGGGGGCUUGUGACAGAGACCCUUUAAUAAAGCAACUUUACCCACCCAAA